UCUUAAUUAAGCAAACACACUACAUUUCCCGCUAUUCAUUAUUUCUACCCCACAAAUUUCCAUUUUUCAACACCCACCGCGUAAUUAAAGUCAGAAAUAAAACCUUUUGCUUCACUCAACCCUCGAAUUCCCCAUUCCCCAUUUCUCUAUCCUCAAUAAUUUUCCGAAAACAAAAAAUUGCCAAUUUUCUUCGAUUUUAAUUUUUGUGGAUCAGAUGGGGCAGCAGCAAUCGAAGGACGAGCUUCUGUAUCAGCAAGUAAAUUAUGGAAAUAUCGAAGGCAUCAAAUCUCUCCACCGUGAAGGCGCUGCCCUUGAGUGGAUGGAUAAGGAGGGGAAGACGCCGUUGAUUGUGGCGUGCAUGAAUCCUGAGCUUUACAAUGUCGCAAAAACUUUGAUAGAAUUGGGUGCCAAUGUCAAUGCUUACCGUCCAGGUCGUCAUGCGGGGACUCCUCUACAUCAUGCAGCAAAAAGAGGUCUUGAGCAGACAGUGAAGUUACUCCUUUCACAUGGAGCAAAUGCAUUGAUAAUGAAUGAUGACUGCCAAACGCCACUUGAUGUUGCCAGAAUUAAAGGUUUCAGCAAUGUUGUCCGUGGAAUUGAGAACCAUAUUUGCUUAUUUUCUGGUUGGCUACGGGAACUUUACGGGCCUGGAUUUCUUGAACUGUUCGCACCACAGUUGCUUAGCCGGAAAGUCUGGGUGGUUGUCUUACCAUGCGGUUCCCGUAAUCUCAGAAAGCCUUUCAAGUUGGAGCUUGCUAUAUAUUCAGCUGUCCAGGAUGCUCAGCCCCGCACAAUAGUUGCACUGUGGAAGGCCAAUAUGGAGGAACCAAAUUUCAGCCAGCCUGAUCCAGCAGUUAUCAUAUCCGAUAUUUCAAACAUCCCGAGGCGCUGGAGGCGAAGGCGAGGGAUAAUGCCCUCCCAAGGGAUAAGGAAUAGACCCCGAGGAGCUAGGCAAACAAGGAUUAAACUUACAGCUGUCCAGGAAAACGAAAAGCAGCAAUUGCAGUCUUUCUGCAAUGCAUGCAAGGGAAUUCCUCAGGUCAUGCAUCCAGCAUUUCCUUUCAGAUCUCAAACUCCUGUGGUCCCUGCAACUGCUCCUUCGACCACAGAGGAUAUGGAAUUAGCAAUGGCGAUUAGUGCCUCUCUUCAGUCCGCUUCACAACAAAGACCAACCUAUCAUGAGAAUCACCCAGGAUCAGGAGCAGAAACAUCAAUGAAUUGGAUUAACCCUGUUGAGGUUGCCAGUCAUAGUGAUAGCUCUUUUACAGGGGCUUCUUCCCAAAAAGCUAGUAGUAGUGGCUGCCAGGUUGAGGAAGCCAGUUCAAGUGGCACUCAAGUUGAGCAAGUCCACACUUCUAGUGAUACAUCUACUGUUGUUGAAGCAAUGCAAGAGAAUCCGGUUACUGAAUCUGUCCCAACAGCUCCUCCUCUUACGAGUGAAGUUAUAGACGAUGGGCCAAUUCAGUAUCCAUCGAUCGACGCCAGCCCAGUUGGCUUGUCUUCUCCGACUAUUGAGAACUCCGGAGCACAGGAAAGCAGUAAUCCUGAUGGUGCUUCUUCAUCUUGUAUAAUAUGCUUAGAUGCUCCAGUGGAAGGAGCUUGCAUCCCUUGUGGCCACAUGGCUGGAUGCAUGUCUUGUUUGAAUGAGAUCAAGGGAAAGAAGUGGGGCUGCCCCGUCUGUCGUGCCAAGAUAGAUCAGGUGAUAAGGUUGUAUGCUGUUUAACAGUUGAAGCAGCGAAUGACUAAAGCCACAAAUGCAUACACACAAGUUUCUCACUAUUGAAAAUUGUGAGUUUUGUAUACAUAUAUAUGCUAGUUGUGUUUAAGAUUCUUGAAAGGAAUCAAAAUGCUAUGGUUGCCUUCAUGGUUUAUCGUUCCGGAGAAUGUAAAUUACUUGUGCAGAGAACCGAGAAGUGAAACUCUUACUGGAAUUACAGAUGUAUUGAUACAAUCCUGUGUAUAAAUUUGUUUUAUUGAGACCUUUAAUAUGGUCAGCA